UGAUGCAGCUUUGGUUGAGGACCCGGCUUAAGAUGGCCAGAAGAGAAGUGGAAGAGGGAGAGUUAGCGUGUUCGGCCAUUGUAAUUCUGCUUCGUAGCUUUCGAAGACGUGAGGGUGCACUGCACCUCCGGUUAGUUAUUUAAUUAACUAAAUAAUUGCGUUCUCUUUGCACGUUAUUCGAAGUACGCGUUUCAACGAAAGAUUAGUAUAAUCAUGAGUGAUAGACCGAGUAACGGUGACUACAAGUACCAAAGGGAUGAAAACUCCGUUGUAAAACCGGAGAAAGAAGGCGACGAAAAGGAACAUCAAGUUGACAAGGCUGGGGAAUAUGUCCGGGAACUUUUGCAAGAAAAAGUUGAAUUAGACUCGCAGAAGUGGCCUAACGCGACUAGGCUGAUUGAUCAAGAAAUCCAAAAAACUCAAGCGAUCGGGAAACCAAUAAGAGAUCCAAAAUAUGUAGAUAUUUAUCGUGAGAAACCAAUCCGCGUUUCGGUUAAAGUAUUGGUACCCGUUCGAGAACAUCCAAAGUUUAACUUCGUUGGAAAAUUAUUGGGCCCGAAAGGAAAUUCAAUGAAACGUUUGCAAGAAGAGACUAUGUGCAAAAUGGCCGUGUUAGGACGAGGAUCUAUGAAAGAUCGCCAAAAGGAAGAAGAAUGUCGAACAUCGUUAGACCCAAAAUAUGCUCAUCUUUCGGAUGAUCUUCAUGUUGAAAUCACAGCGCUGGCACCUCCGGCCGAGGCAUACGCUCGCAUCGCGUUCGCUUUAGCCGAAGUCCGAAAAUAUUUAAUUCCCGAUAACAACGAUAACAUUCGUCAAGAGCAAAUGCGAGAAAUGGAAAUGAGUAUGGCUGAUGAGCCAGCAAGUUCUGAAGAUAGAAGACCUUCAGUCAGAGGUGUGCCAGGUGGCGGUGGAAUUUUGAGACCCACUACAAGGCCGACGAUUCCACGAUCCUCGCGAGCACCGAUACUUGCACCGCCUUCAAGUCGCGGACCGAUUUCACGUCCCGUAUCAGCGAAGAGCAAAGUAUUUUCCAUCUUAGAUCGCGCAAGAGUCGCAAUGGAUCAGAGUUACGGCUAUGAGAGCGCUACUCCGGUUUCGAGUAAUCGCGUUGGGUCUCAUCACGAUUAUGAUUAUCACGGUUCGACGGGUAGCAGCAGUCGUUACGGAGAUCGGCACUACGCUUCAGCAUCAGGAGAUGAUAUGUAUCCUUCCUCGAGGUAUACAACUUACGACUACGAAGAUGAAGCUGUCCCCCAUUCUUCGCAUGAUUACUACGAGACAUCCGAAUAUCCAGAGGAAUCAUCGAGCCGCGCAUGGAAAUCGUACAAGACGACGACGACAUCGGGCUCAAGCUCGCGCUACCGCAACGCCCCGUAUUCACGACCUUCCAACCCUAAACCGUUGACGUCUAAUCUUCCUAACACUCGGCGACCUACGGUGCCUGCGAUGCCAAAACCUGUAAACGACCGAGAUCGUUUUUGAACAAUGACGGAAAUCGGGGAGACUAAACACGAUGAAUUUAUCGUUCCUGCUGGAUAGUCACGAGAAAAUGUAACACAAUGAAAAUUGUAAUCAGAAAGUGCUUCAACGAUUCUUCGAUUUUCUCGCGGUCGAUAUUAAUGCUUGUCAAAAAUUCGAGUUAAUUCGUUUAACAAAAUGUAUCCCCUGACGUUCUUUCGAAAAAGAAUAUAAUACCGUUCCUUUAAAUCCUAUUCCACUAUUAAAUAAAAAAAAUGGUACAUCAGUUCUGAAGGCUAGAGGACCAAGAGGAUCAGCGGAAUGAGACAAGUAAAAUCAUUAAAUAAUGAAAAAACGAUUGUUAGAGCUAUUUUUAAUCUUUUUGGAGAUCUUUAUUCUAAUCAUU